GCAUUUGAGAGUGUGUGUAUAAACACACACACACACACACAACCAUUGCCCUCUUCCUCAGUACAUCAACUUGUUUUAUAUUCAUCCAUUCUCAGCCAUUCGUUCCUUCCUUUAUUCUAUAAUAUAUAUUAAUUUCUAUAAUCUGUUGAAGUCUCCUUCAAGUUUUGCAAAAAUGGUGAUGGGUAAUUUAAUUGGUGUUUUGUUGAUAAUGGAAGUGAUAGUAAGUGGUUUUUCAUUUGGAGCUGAUGCGCUGAGCAUGGGCUACUACACAAUGAGCUGCCCAUUUGCUGAACCAAUCGUCAGAAAUACUGUUACAAGAGCUCUUAAUAAUGAUCCUACUCUCGCAGCAGGACUCCUCAGAAUGCAUUUCCAUGAUUGUUUCAUAGAGGGUUGUGAUGGGUCAGUCCUUCUUGAUUCAACAAAAGAUAACACAGCAGAAAAAGACUCCCCUGCCAAUUUGAGCCUGCGAGGAUAUGAAAUUAUUGAUGAUGCUAAGGAGAUGCUUGAAAAUCAAUGUCCUGGUGUUGUCUCCUGCGCUGAUAUUGUUGCUAUGGCUGCUAGAGAUGCUGUUUUCUGGGCAGGAGGUCCCGUGUAUGAUAUACCAAAUGGAAGAAAGGAUGGAAGAAGAUCAAAGAUGGAAGACACGAUCAACCUGCUUCCUCCAACCUUCAAUACCUCUCAGCUUAUCAACGUCUUUGGGAAGCAUGGUUUCUCUGUUCAAGAUAUGGUUGCUUUAUCUGGGGGACAUACCCUUGGAGUGGCAAGAUGUUCAUCAUUCAAAAAUAGAUUGAAUAAUGCUGAUCCAACUUUAGAUCCAGAGUUUGCAAAGACAUUAUCAAAGACAUGCAGUGGUGGUGACAACGCAGAGCAGCCCUUUGAUGCUACCAGAAAUACUUUCGAUAAUUUUUACUUCAAUGCAAUUCAGAGGAAAUCCGGGGUGCUUUUUUCAGACCAGACACUGUAUACAGAUUCAAGAACCAGAGGCAUUGUUAAUGGUUAUGCCAUGAACCAGGCUAUGUUUUUCCUUAAUUUCCAGCGGGCCAUGCUUAAAAUGAGCUUGCUUGAUGUUAAGGAGGGAGCCAAAGGAGAAAUAAGAUCAAACUGUCGCAAAGUUAACUCAUAAUUUCAGUUAGGUAGCUACGGAAAACUUUGUUAAAUAUCUAAUUAAUUAUAUGUGUAAGCAAAAUUAAUGUACAUGUAAUAUGUUUUUUGUUCCCUUGUACUUUGAAUAAACAAAGAUGAAAGUCCUGUGCGUUAGCUAGGAUUUAAACGAAUGUAAUAGCUUUUGGGUAUGUUUCAUUGAUGUGCCACGGCAUUAUGUGGUAAAACUUAAGUAGUGUUCUGUAUUGUGUUUUAUGGGAUAAUUUAUACAAUAUUAUAUCAAAUAUGAGGUUUUGGCUC